UUCUUCAACAUUACGCGUAUCAAAAGUUUGCUGUUUGUGCGUCCGCUUGUGAUUGCGGAAAAAAGUUGAUUUUUUGUGUAAAAAUGCGAUUAAAUUAAUGUGAUUGUUUGUUCUUCGGUGCGAUUAGCUGUUAAAGAGUAGAGUUAGACUGGACCAGAUUUCCCUUGGGGAAAAAAAGGUGUGGCGGAAUUUUAGGGACUGCGUUCCACAUAGAAGGAAACGUGUGCGUUCUGCAGGAUGUUGAAGCAAGAAAAUCUAGCGGCCAACUUUUGCGGCCUGCUGGCCGUCAGUGGGUGUAAAGAAGUCGCCAUCGAAUGGCGCAUCCUGGGCAAGGAGCAGGAUGGAUCUCUCCUUACGAGCUGGGUUUCCUUCAACGCGAAGAACCGGGCGGAACAGCGCAGCAACAUUGGAAUUUACACGCCGAUGCUGAAAACGCUGCAGACGGUGUUCCGCUUCCCAACGAAGGAGAACGUCAUCCAGGCGUCGGUCAAUUUGACUAAAACGUUGCUGCUGUUCACGACGAAGGAGUUGCGCCAGGAGGAAUCCGGCCGAAAGACGGACAUUUACCGGACGUUUUUGGUCGAGAUUAAGGAGGGCGUCGAGGUGGAACCGUUUCUGUUGAUGGAGGUCGAUCGGAACCACCAGAUGAUGGCGCAGUUUCUGUGGCGCAAUUUGGCGACGUUUGAAAAGAGUAAUCAGGACAAGUUUCUCGUGAUGAUUCACCACGAGCAGGUGCUGCUGUACACGGUGACGCUGAAAAAGGUUGGCGUGGAGGGUGAGGAAGAGGAGGAUGUGCUGGGGAGUUGUUCAAAGUUGAACAUUUCCGACCCGGGCGCGUGGUACUGGGACAAGGAUUGCUUGAAGAGCGAAACCAUUACGAAGGGCUUCGUGUGGGCCCAGUGGGACCCGUCCGUGCAAGCUCUCUACUAUAUUCACAUGAAGCCAGCGCCGAAGAUGCUGUUUGAAAAGGACGACGGUUCUACCGAACGUAAGAUGAAUCCAACGCUGUCGGCGUUUCAAUUCCAUGACGAUCUACGCACCGAAACUGUGCUCAACAUUCCGCUGAAUCUGCCAAACAUUCCCACCUCGAGCUCGGGAACCGAAGACAUUUACGAGGACGAUGCGGUUCCGCUGCGCAUUCACGACUCUUCGCUGAACCUGAUCAUCGUGAGCGAUCCGGUUGGAAUGCUGUACGUGUGCCAUUACUAUCUGUACCAACCCAUCAAGCAAUCGGACGAGGAAGCGUCCACUUCCCAGAGAAUUUGUGACGUUCACUUUGCGUAUUCGGUGACAAUUCUGCACCACGGCUGUGUCAUUCACUGCGUCAUUCCGGGCAUCCCGUGGGACAAGGCCAAAACCAUGAAGCCGACAUUUACGCAGCACGGUGAUCAUCACAUGUUGGUGUUCCAGGCGGAUCUGUUUAUGCACCUGCUGGACGUCGGAGUGUCGCACGAACCGUGCUGCCACAUUGUCUGUCCGCCGUUCACCCGACAACCGGUAACCCAUCUGGUGCCGUGCUUUGCCACAAACAAUAUCUGCUACGACUCGGCCACGCUCGAUCUCAUCUCGAUCACCAUUCCCAAGAGUCACCUGAUCGAGGCGUUCCGUAACGACACUUCCGUUGACAAUCGCCUUGCCAUCGUGCACUACUUCUUGGCCCAUUCCAGCGGAGACAUUGUGGAGAUCUUUUCCGAAUUGCUCGGAAUCAUCAUGGAACGACCACUGCAUCUUGACACGGUUCCUCUGCUGAAGGAAGCUCUCAUCUCCGGCUCGUACGCCUCCUCCAAGAAAGGACUCUCGCAGGACCAACUUGCCCUGUACCGACUGCUUCCACUGACCACGUGCAACACCUCUAAACCCAUCCAGGCCAAAGUGUCCGACCUGACCGUCGGUCUCUCCCACGAAACUCUCUACAACACGUCGAUGAUGCUCCUCUCACCGCAGCAGCGUCUCUCGCCCUACCGCAAAGACAUCUGGACCCAGCUGUGGGAGCGCCUCAACGACAACAAAGAACGCGCCCGCUUCGCCCAGGAACAGGUCAUCGAAAAGCUCAUGUACUCGCUCACGUGCUACCAACCGGAAGCGCUGUCCCGCUGCUCGACCCCAAUGUCCCCGGCCAACCCAAUCGUCAACGUCGCCGCCGAAUUCGCUGCGGCCAGCUCGCGCCGUACCAUGCAGAACGAUCUGCCCUUUCUCGAGACGGAAGAGUGCACCGCCAGCAAGCAGGAACUGGUGCUGAACGUAAACCUGCGCGAGCUCAGCAUGCACCUGGUGAAGCACAGCGUCAAAGAGGUCAGCGGAUUCCGCUGGCUCAAAAACGCCUUCUACGACAGCAAUCCGGCGCCAUCGCACGUGCACGCCGUGGCCACGCGCUACGUUGCGGCCCAACUCGAGCAAUCGCGCGCCCUUUGCGUCCUGAUCUGCAAAACUGCCGGCCUAGACUUGGCGCUCGAGAACGAGCGUGGAUUCGCGCUGGUCGACCAACUAACCAGCGCCCAGCAGCUCAAGCUGUUCACCCUGCUCGAGCGGUACUGCCUGGCCACGGAAUCGCUCGCCUUCCCCUUCCCCCUAGGGUUCUCGUCCUUUUUCACCUACCUCGGCUAUCGGGCGCUGUCGUUCGACAACUUUAUGCAGUACUCCGAGCACCACGUGUUCGAGCUGCAAAUCGACGUCGUGAAGGUCAUCAUCGCCGACAUUGACGACUCCACAGAGGGCAUUCAGCGCAAGCUGAGCCUGCUGAUGAUGCUGCCGCGGACGCGCGCUCGGAGGUUGUUGAACAGCUGGAACCAUCCGGUUAGUACGAUGCUGAAAGGACGCGAGCACGCGCUCAACAUCCUGUCCGGGAAUUCGGUGCACCUGCGCGGGUACUCGCAGAUGAAGAAGCGCGAGUACAAACCGAAAGAACCGCUCUCCAUUCUAGCUUUUAUGUGUAUUUUAUGUCUCAUGCCGUGGCGAUCCCGGUCCGUCUACCAGGCGUGUCCAAUUUCGGUGCGGCCCAGUCGACAUCCGCUGUGCCAGUGCACCCACGCCGAGCUCGCUGGAAUCCACCUGGAGGAGGACGGUGCCGAUAGCACUGUGAAUCGAAGCAGUAGCAGCAACUUUUCCUUCUUUUCCGCAACCACGGUUCAGGUCGAGUCGGAAUCGUCGCCACCGUCGCCGUGCGUCCUGUUCGACAGACCCAGGUGGACGUGCAAACCGCGGAAAAGCCGUUGGACGCGAAGAUUACUGUGUUUGCUUUUGAGUAUAAUUUUAUUCCAAUCAUCACACGGAGUUCCGGGUUCAUCAGGAUGGCACUCCAGCACACGGAAGAUUAGUGAGUGCGGUGCACUGCAUGAGCUUCAGCGCGUAUUUUUAUACAUCAGUUGCGUGUGCUUUUCAUAGGUUCUUCAGAUUUCAUUUGUAUAAAUUGCAUGCCAAAUACAAUUAAAUUAUUGAUGCUUUUGUUACUUUAAAA